CUGUGCUUGCUUUUUUGUUUCUACAACUACCUCCCCAAAUCUCCAUCCACCCACCCUAGGCUCUGUCUUCUCUCUCUAGCUUUGGAAAUUCUUUACUCCAAGUUUGUAUUAGCCUUAUCAUCCAAGUAACUUUGGUCGUUCAUCUGAGAUAGAAUCUUAUAUAUACCCUCAACCAUUGUUGGCAGAGAUAACUUUGUACACACACAAAAGAAAUGACAACUUCUUUCUCUCACAGUUGUCUUUCUUUCUUUCUGCUUCUUGCUAUUUCAUUUGCAUCUGCAACUUCUCCAAACCAAGAGCAGCCAACCUUAUCUUCAACAAUCAACUAUCCAAUCCUUCAAGCAGAGAAGCUCAUUAAAGACCUCAACUUGUUCCCCAAGGAAUCCAUAAACAUUGCAGCAGAAAACCCUUCAUUUUCGUCUUCAGGAAUCGUCGAGAAAAGUUUUCAGUUCCCUUUCAUUGGAGGAAAAAGUCAAGGCCCUUCAGUUCAAGAACUUGGCCACCAUGCUGGGUAUUAUCCCCUUCCUCAUACUAAAUCAGCAAGGAUGUUCUACUUAUUCUUUGAAUCAAGAAACAGCAAGAAGGACCCUGUUGUGAUAUGGUUAACAGGAGGGCCAGGGUGCAGCAGUGAGCUUGCUAUGUUCUAUGAAAAUGGUCCUUUCCAAAUUGCAAACAACUUGUCUCUUGUUUGGAAUGACUAUGGCUGGGAUAAGACAUCAAAUCUUAUUUACGUCGACCAGCCUACUGGAACUGGUUUCAGUUACACUUCCGACGAUGAUGAUAUUCGUCACGAUGAGGAAGGAGUCAGCAAUGAUUUGUAUGACUUCUUGCAGGCAUUUUUUACUGAGCAUAAAGAAUUUGCUGCAAAUGACUUUUACAUCACUGGCGAAUCGUAUGCCGGGCACUACAUUCCUGCAUUUGCAGCCAGAGUUCACCAAGGAAAUAAAGAAAAGCAGGGAAUCCAUAUAAAUCUUAAGGGUUUUGCAAUUGGCAACGGGCUUACUAAUCCAGAAAUUCAGUAUAAAGCAUAUACUGAUUAUGCCUUGGAAAUGGGAUUGAUUGGAAAAUCUGACUUCAACAGCAUAAACAAGUUGGUCCCAGGCUGUGAAAAGGCAAUCAAAAGUUGUGGUACUCAUGGGGGAAGUGCUUGUGUGUCUUCUUAUAUUAUCUGCAACCGGAUAUUCAGUAGAAUCAUGGGCGUUAUCGGGGACAAGAACUACUAUGAUGUUAGAAAGAAAUGCAUUGGAAAUCUUUGUUAUGACUUCUCGAACAUGGAGAAAUUCCUUAACGAAAAAUCAGUAAGAAACGCGCUCGGAGUCGGGGAUAUGGACUUUGUGUCAUGCAGCAGCAAGGUGUACAGUGCCAUGCUUAUGGAUUGGAUGAGAAAUCUUGAGUUUGGCAUUCCAGCUCUCAUUGAGGAUGGAAUAAAGGUGUUGGUGUACGCGGGCGAGUAUGACCUGAUAUGCAAUUGGCUCGGAAAUUCGAGAUGGGUUCACGAAAUGAACUGGUCUGGUCAGAAAGCAUUUGCAGCAUCCAAAAUUGUUCCAUUCUUAGUAGAUGGUAAAGAAGCUGGCGUUCUCAAAAGCCAUGGUCCUCUUGCGUUCCUAAAGGUUCAUAAUGCUGGUCAUAUGGUGCCAAUGGAUCAGCCUAAGGCUUCGCUUCAAAUGCUGCAGAGUUGGAUGCAGGGCAAACUUGCCUUGGAUGAGACACAUGAAAGACUUGCUCCAAAAUGACUGCUAUCUCUCAACUCAAUUUCUUCCUUGCGAAAAAAUUAGACUCUCAAAAUUAACUAAAUGGGUCGGGACGGGGAUGGGGAUGGAGAUGGAGAUGAAGAGUAUAAUCUCAUUCUCAACCCUAUUUAUGUAACA